GUGUGUGUUUAACCCUUGUGCUGCCUUUGGAUAAUUGUGAACCUUCGGGUCAAUGUGACCCAUCGUCGUGUUGCGACAACUUUACCGAACACAAAAAUAAAGUGAUGCAUUUUCUUCUAACCUAUGCGCUGAGGGGGUUCUGAGACAGCACAAAUGUUAAAAGAACACGCUUCACUUUAUAUUUGUGUUCGGUAAAGUUGUUGCAAGGGUUAAAAGAUGUGCGUGUGUACUUAGGAGCUUGCGUUUGAAGUUGUGUGUGUGUGUGUUUACAUUUGAGUGUGUGUGACACCCUGGCAUGUCUGACUCCUUCCCCACAGGCUGGUGACGAGAUAAGAAAACAGGAUCCAGUUUCAGUCUGAGGACAUGUGACAUAUAUAAAAGAGGUGAGGACAGUGCAGAGAGACACAUGGAGAGAGACAGAGAGGGAGACACAGACACAGAGAGAGAGGGAACGAAAGAGAGCGAGAAAGGGAGAGACAACUAAAGCUACACAUGAAAAGGCGAGUAAAGAGUAUAAAAAAGAGGAAGAGAGACUCAGCGAGAGAUGCACGGAACCAGACAACCAACGGGGGAGAGAUCAGCCUCUUAACCACCUGCACAUUCACAACCACCGCCGAUGUUACCAUGACCACCUCUCCGUAGACUUUGUCAACUUCUAGAGGGGCUGUCGCUAAGGAAGCCCCCUCCCUGUCGCUAAGGAAGCCCCUUCCCUUCCGCAGUCCUCCACCUAGGGGUCCCGGCGGUCAUGCUCGCGGCGCGGAGCAGCGGGCCCCCUCUCCCGCCCAAGGUCCACAGGAAGCAGUCUGUGGCCUCGCUCAGCGGGUCCCGAGUCCACAGGAACUCCCAGGAUGGCAGCAAGGACAGGCGCAGUUCCCUCGCCAACCAGGGGGCGCCGCAGAGACGCAAAGCAGCCAUGGUCCGAGAGAUGGAGACCGUCUGGUACCUGAAGACGUUGGGGCUGGGGAGGGAGGACUCGGUAGCGUGCAGGACAGGAAUGCCCUACAGGAACCUGGGGAAGUCUGGACUCAGAGUAUCCUGCUUGGGACUCGGCACGUGGGUGACGUUCGGGGGUCAGAUCACAGACGAGGUGGCUGAACAGCUCAUGACCAUCGCCUAUGAAAGCGGGGUGAACCUCUUUGACACAGCGGAGGUCUACGCUGGCGGGAAGGCUGAGGUCAUUCUGGGCAACAUCAUCAAGAAGAAGUGUUGGAGACGCUCCAGUCUGGUGAUCACCACAAAGCUCUACUGGGGAGGAAAAGCAGAGAACGAGAGAGGCCUGUCAAGAAAGCACAUUAUUGAGGGUCUGAAAGGUUCUCUUCAGAGAAUGCAGCUGGAGUACGUGGACGUGGUUUUCGCUAACCGCCCAGACACCAACACUCCCAUGGAGGAGAUCGUGAGGGCCAUGACCCAUGUGAUCAACCAGGGCAUGUCCAUGUACUGGGGAACGUCUCGCUGGACUGCCAUGGAGAUCAUGGAGGCCUACUCUGUUGCCAGGCAGUUUAACCUGAUCCCUCCAGUGUGUGAGCAGGCUGAGUAUCAUCUCUUCCAGAGAGAGAAGGUGGAGGUGCAGCUACCUGAACUCUACCACAAGAUAGGUGUGGGGGCGAUGACUUGGUCUCCACUGGCGUGUGGAAUCAUCACCGGGAAGUACGAGAAUGGUAUCCCAGAGUCCUCCAGGGCCUCCAUGAAAUCCUACCAGUGGUUAAAGGAGAAGAUAGUGAGUGAGGAUGGUAGGAAACAGCAGGCUAAACUGAAGGAGCUGACUCACAUUGCAGAGAAGUUAAGCUGCACCCUACCUCAACUGGCCGUGGCUUGGUGUCUGAGGAACGAGGGGGUGAGCUCCGUCCUUCUGGGAACUUCCAACCCCGAGCAGCUCACAGAGAACCUGGGGGCCAUCCAGGUGCUUCCUAAAAUGACGUCUCACGUGGUGUCGGACAUUGACCACAUCCUGGGGAACAGGCCGUACAGUAAGAAGGACUACCGCCCCUAGACCACCUGGACUGCUGUGAACCCCUGGACCUUCUGCCCUCAUCCUGUGUCCAGGGGCCCGGCUCAGCCCAGCUUGUUCAUGUCUAGCCUAGCCAACCCAGGUCAUCCAAGCCCAGUUCAGUUUGGUGCUAUCCAGUCCAGAUCAGCUCAAUGUCUCCUUCAGCAUUGUCCAGUUCCGUUUAGAGGUAUCCAGACCAGCACACGCUGCUCAGCUGAAACCAGUCCACCUGCAGCCUAACUAACGUGGAUCAUCCAAAACCAGUACGGCACAGUCUGGUUUCGCUAACUCCAACACGACUCAACUAAACCCAGCUACGCCUAUCUAGACUCCGCCCAAUCUAAUCCAAGUCAAUUUAGCUAAACUGAGCCCAGUUUCGUCCAGGUUAGGUUCACCUCCAGUCAGGCUGGGACGUGAACACGUAGUGACAACACCUAUGCAUGUUUACUUCUCUGCUCUGCCCCAUUUCUCUAGAUGAGUAGAUUAUAGAUCAACUACUCCAAAGGUGUAACAAUGACAACACUAUGUUAUAAGCUUCUAACUACAGUGCUUUUCUAACCAACUCCUCUCCAGUAAAUCUAACGCCAAAGGCCUCUUGGAUAAGCGUAGAACCGUAGGACAUUAUGUCUCCGUGUGUCAGUGUGUCUGUGCGGGUGAGGGGCUUGUGAAGCAUGUCGCACCCUCCCUAUGGUUUUAAAGAAGAACCGCAGCCCUGCUUCAAUAGAACUGUGUGAAACCUAACUUAGAAAACAGGCCAAGUUCUUCACCCGCGUCUUGCAUCCAAUCAGGAGACACCUGCCUCUUCCUUUGCCUGUGAAUUAAUCGCGCCUUCUCGAUCGCUAACGUGAGUCUGUGUGACUUACAGACAGACCAGUUCUAACUGCUACUGUUACUUGUCCCCAAGCUAGACAACGGCAGAAGAGAUCUGAAAGAGGAAAAAAUAUAUACUAUUCUUCAAACAUACAUGUUUCUGUUCUUUUUAGGUAAAUGUAUGUUUUUCAGGCGUGUAUGUACAGUCAAUUUGGUCAAGCAAACCGAGUAACAUAAUCAAAAACAACCUCAAGCAUCUUUUCUCUCUGAUGAACAAUACAUGAUAUAUGACUAACUUAUAAAUUUGACUUUGCUAUAAAUAGACUGUAAAUAGCGUUUAGUUGUGUUCUCCCUCAGUAGCACAAAGCAUUUGUUUGGUUCUGUCUCUUCCACCUAUCGGUCUCCUCCAGACCUGAAGUCAUCCACACGUUCACUGACAGGACUGGUUCUGAAACUCAGGAGAAAGUUGACAUCAUCUGUGUUCAUGUUGGAACCAGCCUCCAUCCUGCAGAGUGCCUUGAGCCCUGCUGUUAGGAUCCAGGGUGGCUGCAUUCCAUUCCGGAAGGUUGCGUCCUCAUACUUCCUUCGCAAAGGUGACAAAAAAAGGUUGGAAGUUAUUCCUUGGGCCAGGUUUCCCCUCACAACCCAGUCUGAGGCAUGAGCAGAACUGUCUGAACUGAGGAGACGACCCCCCGUGAAUGAGGAAGUGGCCUGCCUGGGUCCUACACCAGGAUACUGUGUGGCAAAGGCUUUGUUCCAUUUCUGUCACUAAACCCUUUCUAUUACAUUUUCCACCGGCUGGAUGGAAGCAAGGAAUUCCUUCACUUCAUCCAGUCCUCCAAGGUCCCAUGAUUAAGAAAUGGGUUGGAAGUUAAUGAAAGGCAACAGAAAUUGUAAUGGAACAAGGUUGCCAGCUUUUGCUAUCUGAACUUCGUCCGUUCUUCUGACAAUACAUUCGUCGGAGGAAAAUACAGAAUAUAUGUAUUCUAGUCAAUACCAUUAGUUUGUCUGGUUUUGCUAUGUUUUGUACAGCAUGUAAAGUUGUAGAUGGAACAGAAACAUUUAUUAAAUAACCUUUUGAUUUAUUUUGCGGUUUUGAAUUGUAUCCAUGUGGCUGUCUGUCUGGUUACUUUCCUUAUCUGAAAACCUAGACUUGUGUAUAUAGCAUAUAUAUACAUAUAUAUAAAUUAGAGCUUGAUUAAAUAAACACA